GUGGCAGCAGAUGGACUGCUGCACAGCCUGAAACACUUUUACCAAGGACAGGCAGAAUGUGUGACUGCGUGCACGCACGCAGUCAAACUGAAAUACAGGAGGGACUAAGUGUGGGAUAAUAGCUGUGAAGCAGAGAACGUCUUUCAUGUCCUCUGGAUUGGAUGCUGCGAGCAGUAAUCCUCUUGGGAGGGAAAAACAGCCUGAUACAUGGUAGAGAGCACGAGGAAGAAGAGUGAACUCUUCUGCUGUUCAGACUUUGUGUGUGAUUUGAGGGCAGGUGGAAGCAGUAUCAUAUAUACAUAAACUUUUCAUCGUAACAAAUGGUAGUGACAGAAGAGGGACAUUUUGUUUAUUUAGUUGCACCUUCUUCCUGUUUGUCUUUUUUUUUUGUCUGAGUGGAACACACUGUCCUUUUCCGAAGUAGAGUGGGGUUGACAGCUCUGGAAACGGACAGAGGGACUCUAUAUGGUGAAGAUGAGUCUGGACCCCAUGCAGGUGAUGAGUGGACAGGUCAAGGAGCUCAAACGUUCCCCUUCAUCCAACGGAGACACCAGAGGAUCCUGGGAAGAGAAAGAGGAGUUUGACCCAAACCAGUUGGACCUGACUGUUAAACCAAAGACGGUGACAGGCAGACGGGCCCGGAAGGUGGAGGGAGCCAUGUUCUUCCCGAAGCCAGAGAACGCAGUAACGGUAGCUGUUUCUUCCCGAGUCUUGUUUCGGACUGAGCGGGAGCAGAAGGUGUUCGAGCAGAAAGGCGUGGAGGAAUAUCUGCGAUACCAGAUUGAGCACGAGAAUGAGCCCUUUGCUCCGGGACCCGCUUUUGCCUUUGUCAAGGCACUGGAGACGGUUAACUCUCGUCUGAGGGAGCUGUACCCCCAGAGCGAAGAACUGUUUGACAUCGUCUUGGUGACGUACAAUCACGCUCAUGUUGGGAUCCGUCUCAUCAACACCAUCAAUCACCACAACUUAUUUAUUGAGAGGUUUUGUAUGACCGGAGGAAGCAGUCCGAUUGGCUACCUGAAGGCCUGGCAUACGAACCUCUACCUGUCUGCAGAUGCUGAGAAGGUCAGGGAGGCGCUGGGUGAAGGAAUUGCAGCAGCAACAAUGUUCAUGCUGGAGAAGAUGACAGAGGUGUCAGAGUCUCAGCUGAGAGUAGCAUUUGAUGGGGAUGCGGUCCUCUUUUCUGAUGAGUCAGAACGCAUUUUCAAAACCCAUGGGCUGGACAAAUUCUUCGAGCAUGAGAAGGAAAAUGAGGACAGACUCCUGGAUCACGGUCCCCUGAAGGGUUUCCUGGAGGCUCUUGGGAAGCUCCAGAAGAAAUUUUAUGCCAAAGGCCAACGCCUGGAUUGUCCCAUCCGCACAUACUUGGUCACAGCUCGGAGCGCGGCGAGCUCGGGGAUUCGAGCACUGAAGACGCUCAGGGCCUGGGGGUUGGAGAUUGAUGAGGCCCUGUUCCUCGCAGGCGCCCCAAAGGGCCCCAUGCUGGAGAAGAUUCGGCCACACAUCUACUUCGACGAUCAGAUGUUUCACGUGGAGGGAGCAGCAGAGAUGGGCACCAUCGCUGCCCAUGUUCCUUAUGGGAUUGCACAAAAAUAUAAUAGCCAGCACAAGAUGAGCACAGGGAAGUAAAAAAACAAAAAAAACAACAGGACUUCAGAUAAAACAUCUUCGAGUGGAAGAAAAGCUUAACUUGUUCUCUUAAAUGUUCGCAAAAGCACUAAGGUCAAGGAGAGGUCUGGAACCUGAGGUAACCUGAACGCCAACAUGACUGUCCCCUAUAAUAUUAAAAGCCUUAUUAGUUUGCUGGUGAGCUUUAGGAAGUGUUACCCUGCAUAUGACAGCGAGUGUUUCAUUACCACUAUAAAUGCACUAUUUUUCACACUCCUUAUCAUCUUCCUAAAAAAAACGCUACUCUACUCUACAGAGAUGCAAUGCUUCACUUAUUUCUGUUCAAGAAAAACCCUACAUUGAAUGUUGUUGAGCUAUAAGCACAAAGCAGAGAUAUUAUGUACAGGGUAAUCAUAUAUUCGGAAAUAUUGUGGCAAAAGUUAUAAUAAAAGAAUUCUGUAAAUCAAUUUAUAAUUUUGAUUUUAGAAAAAAUGUAACAAAAAAAGCUCUAAACCGAAUGCAACUUUUCUUGUGUAAGUCUGAAACAAUCAUAGAAAGCUAUUUGUUCCAGAUGUUGCCUUAAGAGUGUUUCUGAUGAAACGUACAGUGUUUUUUCAUUCAGUAUUAUUUCAUUAUAUUACCAAACAAUACAGUUUCUUGUAAAACUAUUCUUAACCCUUAAGCCUUUUCACAUUUUGUCACAUUACAGCCAAAAUCUACAAUGUAUUUUAAUGGAAGUUUAUGUUAUAAACCAACACAAAGUCUAAGAACUUUGAAGCAGAAUGGGGUAAUAAAACAAUAUUCCAUGCUUUGGAUAUCUCAUGUAGCAAUGCUCAACCUUUAAUCCCAAAGUGGAAAGAGUAUGGUAUAAUUGUGGUCAUGCAAAGUCAUGAUAUCCACUUAAUCUAAUGGGAGAGGCAAGGAGAGAAUUAAUCAGGGAAGCAGCCAUGAGGCCCAUAGGAACUCUGGAGGAGCAGCAAAGAUUCACUGUUCAAUUUGGAGAGGCUGACAAGUACAAGUCAUAUGCUCCACACAUCUGGGAUUUACAGAUGAGUGACAAGAAGACAGACAUUGAUGAAAGAAAUCCAUUAAAAAAGCCUGUUUUAAAAUUUCCCAAAAGCAAUGUAGAUACAAUAACUGUGAAAGAAUGUGCUCUGCUCAGAUGAACCAAAUGUGAACCUUUUGGCUGACAGGAAAUGUGUUAAGGAAAACUAACAUUGCACAUAAUUCUGCAGUAGGAAUACUUUUUAGCAGGCACAGGGAUGCUGGUCAGUGUUAAAGAGAAGAUGGUGCUGUGUCAAUCAUUGUAGACAAUCACUUACAGGCUGUAGAAGACUGGGGUGGAGGUUGGCCUACCAACAGAACAACUGCCCUAAACAUUCAGCCAGGGCUACAAUAGAAUAGAUUACAUUAGCAAAUAUUUAUGUGUUGGAAUGGCCUAGUCAAAGACCAGAAUUAGAAACAACUGAGAGUAUUUGGCAAGAACUGUUGUUAAACAAGCUCUCCAUCCAAUCUCACAUAGGUUUUAUUAUUUAGCUUUGUUAAGCAGGCAAAAACUUUGUAGGUGUGCAAAGCUGGUAAAGACAUACCCUGAUAGACCUGCAGCUGUAAUUAAAAUGAAAGAUUGGUCUAAAAGUAUUGACUCGCAGGGGUACAUAUUUCUGCUACAUUUGUUUUGUAAAAUACAUCAAAUCCCUUAGAUCCUUUUUCUUCCUCUGUUGGUUGUAAUGUCACAAAAUGUGAAGAUGUUCGAAGACUGUGAUUACUGUUGGAAGACACUGUGGUAUGAUGCACUGCUCUGACAUGUACUGCAGUGAUGUUCCUGGUUUUUCAAAGGUCCUUUUGCAAAAAUUGUUUGAAUAGCUUUAGCUUCAGCUACAGAAAUGUAACACCUUUAAGAAUGUCAAGAUUUCCUAAAAGAGUUUUCUAUUUAAAACUUUCCUUUCUGAGUGCCGUUAACUUCAAUCAAUGCAUCUGGUUUUCCACCCAGAAUUAAAUUCCUUAUGUAUCAUUUCUAAGAAAGUAAAGACACUCCAAUCAUUAACAUGCUAAUGCUUACCGUGGUAGCAUCCGUUUUCAUAUUUUUUAAAAGCCAAACUGGGGCCCAGAUAGAAUUUUGUGAGUAACUGCUACUGGCACAGAACAGACAGGCUUGUUUCAUUUGCUCCUGGAAGUCAGAAUUGUAGCUCCAUAAUCAGAAAAUCAACUUGAAUCCUUCCUGAAUUUAAAACUAGGAGGUAGAAAGGUGAAAGUUUUUCAAUAAACAAAUCUGUUUGUCUGA